UCCUUCCUGGACGCAGUUUUCUGGACAAGUCUGGCUACUUUUAAUCCCACCGGCCACAGAGAGCCACUUUCUCCUCCUCUUCCACCUCCUCCUUCUCUUCCUCCACCUUCCUCCUCCUCCUCUUUCUCCUCCUCUUCCAGCGGCUUCGGUGCGCGCGCGAAUGCGCAAUCCCGCGCGCGCCCUCCCCUUCCCCCCCCCUCGAGUGCGCACACACGCACACUUCGUCUCCAGCUCUCAGCUCACUCGCCUCGCAGUCACAGACACUUGAGCACACGCGUACACCCAGACAUCUUCGGGCUGCUAUUGGAUUGACUUUGAAGGUUCUGUGUGGGUCGCCGUGCCUGCAGCUUUGAAUCAGGUGGAGAAGUACUUCAAGGCUGGACGAAGUAAAGAUUAUUGUUAUUUUUUUUUCUUUCUCUUCCUCUCUUUUAAGAAAGGAAAAUAUUCCAAGGACUAAUCUGGUCGGGUCUUCCUUCAUGAACGAAUGCGGGGAACUGGGAACUGAGCUGUGCACGUGCUGAAGAAGGAAACUCGUUUGAAGGAAACAGGAAAGAGAAAGAAAAGGAAGGAAAAAAUACAUAAUUUCAGGGACGAGAGAGAGAAGAAACACGGGGACUAUGGGGAGAAAAAAGAUUCAGAUCACGAGGAUUAUGGAUGAACGUAACAGACAGGUGACUUUUACAAAGAGGAAAUUCGGACUGAUGAAGAAGGCUUAUGAGUUGAGCGUGCUGUGCGACUGUGAGAUUGCCCUGAUCAUCUUCAACAGCACCAACAAGCUGUUCCAGUACGCCAGCACCGACAUGGACAAGGUGCUGCUCAAGUACACCGAGUACAACGAGCCGCACGAGAGCCGGACAAACUCGGACAUUGUGGAGACAUUGAGAAAGAAGGGCCUUAAUGGUUGUGACAGCCCCGAUCCCGAUGCAGACGAUUCAGUAGGUCACAGCCCUGAGUCUGAGGACAAGUACAGGAAAAUUAACGAAGAUAUUGAUCUAAUGAUCAGCAGGCAAAGAUUGUGUGCAUUGAACAAGAAAGAAAACAAAGGCUCUGAAAGCCCUGAUCCUGACUCCUCUUACGCACUCACCCCACGCACUGAAGAAAAAUACAAAAAAAUUAAUGAAGAAUUUGAUAAUAUGAUCAAGAGUCAUAAAAUUCCUGCUGUUCCACCUCCCAACUUUGAGAUGCCAGUUACCAUCCCAGUGUCCAGUCAUAACAGUUUGGUAUACAGCAACCCUGUCAGCUCACUGGGAAACCCUAAUCUUCUGCCACUGGCCCACCCUUCUCUGCAGAGGAAUAGUAUGUCUCCUGGUGUGACACAUAGACCUCCAAGUGCAGGUAACACAGGUGGUCUGAUGGGUGGAGACCUCACAUCCGGUGCAGGCACCAGUGCAGGGAAUGGAUACGGCAACCCCCGGAACUCACCAGGCCUGCUGGUCUCACCUGGUAACCUGAACAAGAAUAUACAAGCCAAAUCUCCUCCCCCUAUGAAUCUAGGAAUGAAUAAUCGUAAGCCAGAUCUCCGCGUCCUCAUCCCCCCUGGCAGCAAGAACACAAUGCCAUCAGUGAAUCAAAGGAUAAAUAACUCCCAGUCGGCCCAGUCAUUGGCUACCCCAGUGGUUUCUGUAGCAACUCCUACUUUACCAGGACAAGGAAUGGGAGGAUAUCCGUCAGCCAUUUCAACAACAUAUGGUACCGAAUACUCUCUGAGCAGCGCAGAUCUGUCAUCUCUGUCUGGCUUCAAUACUGCCAGUGCGCUCCACCUCGGCUCCGUCACUGGCUGGCAGCAGCAGCACCUACAUAACAUGCCGCCAUCUGCCCUCAGUCAGUUGGGAGCUUGCACUAGCACUCAUUUAUCUCAGAGUUCAAAUCUCUCCCUGCCUUCUACUCAAAGCCUCAACAUCAAGUCAGAACCUGUUUCUCCUCCUAGAGACCGUACCACCACCCCAUCGAGAUACCCACAACACACGCGCCACGAGGCGGGGAGAUCUCCUGUUGACAGCCUGAGCAGCUGUAGCAGUUCCUACGAUGGGAGCGACCGGGAGGAUCACCGGAACGAAUUCCACUCCCCCAUUGGACUCACCAGACCUUCGCCGGACGAAAGGGAAAGUCCCUCAGUCAAGCGCAUGCGGCUCUCUGAAGGAUGGGCAACAUGAUCACAUUAUUACUUAAUAGUUUUUUUUUCUUGCAGUGUGUGUGUGUGCUAUACCUUAAUGGGGAAGGGGGGUCGAUAUGCAUUAUAUGUGCCGUGUGUGGAAAAAAAAGUCAGGUACUCUGUUUUGUAAAAGUACUUUUAAAUUGCCUCAGUGAUACAGUAUAAAGAUAAACAGAAAUGCUGAGAUACGCUUAGCACUUGAGUUGUACAACAGAACACUUGUACAAAAUAGAUUUUAAGGCUAACUUCUUUUCACUGUUGUGACCCUUUGCAAAAUGUAUGUUACAAUAGAUAGUGUCAUGUUGCAGGUUCAACGUUAUUUACAUGUAAAUAGACAAAAGGAAACAUUUGCCAAAAGCGGCAGAUCUUUACUGAAAGAGAGAGCAGCUGUUAUGCAACAUAUAGAAAAAUGUAUAGACGUUCGGACAGACCCGGCAAGGGGUGGCCACUGGUUAAUGUUAGGAACAUGCCGGUCACCUAACAUCUGAGCACGCUCACAAACCUGCAGGCAUAUAUCAUUGGCGUAUGGCACUCAUGCAAAAGGAUCAGAAACCAUUCAAAGAGGACCAUACCCACUUUAAAAGAAAAGGAAAAAAAAGUGUGGUGUUUGAGAGCUAACGUAUUUAAUUAAAUAAAUAAAUCUGGGUCUGCAUCUCUUAUUAAAUAAAAAUAUAAAAAUAUGUACAUUACAUUUUGCUUAUUUUCAUAUAAAAGGUAAGAAAGAGUUUGCAAAGCAUUUGUGGCUUUUUGUAGUUUACUUAAGCCAAAAUGUGUUUUUCCCCUCAAUAGCUUCGCUACUAUUUUAAACAGUCCUGUAAACCCCACCAAGGACUUUUUGUAUAGAAAGCACUACCCUAAGCCAUGAGGAACUCCAUGCUUUGCUAACCAACAUAACUGUUUUCUCUUUGUAGAAGUUUUGUUUUUGAAAUGUGUAUUUCUAAUUAUAUAAAAUAUUAAGAAUCUUUUAAAAAUCUGUGAAAUUAACAUGCUUGUGUAUAGCUUUCUAAUAUAUAUAAUAUUAUGGUAAUGGCAGAAGUUUUGUUUUCUUAAUAGCGGGAGGGGGGUAUAUCUGUGCAGUUGCACAUUUGAGUAACUAUUUUCUUUCUGAUUUCUUUUACUCUGCAUACAUUUUAUAAGUUUGAGGUCAGCUGUCAAAAGGAUAAGCUGUGGGGUUAGAACAUACUACAUUGUAACAUCCUGAAUUGUUUUUAAAACGUCAGCAAACUAUCGGGUCAACUGACAUCCAUUGUAUAUACUGAUUGGUUUCUUUCCAACUAUUUGUUUUGUUUUGUUGUUUUCUUUUUUCUUUUCAUUUUAUCAAAAGCAGGGCCCCUUUCAGAUCUCUCCAUUUCACCACAUAUCUUGGAAUCUGUAAGUUCGUAUGCUAACUUGCCCAUAUUCUAAAUUCACAUAGUUCAUUUUCAGCCUUGAAUUUGAUGUUUCUUAGAAAUAUGCCCAGAGUAAGAAGCUGUGUUGGAGCAUAAGUCCUGCAAGCCGGGGCCCUAGGAACAACCAAUGUGCUUUACUUGAUGGCUAAGUUACAGAGUUCCUGAGAACAAUGUGAAAAGACUGGGUGCUGGAGAGGAAGGAAACAGUUAAAGGAUAGUUACUUGGUGUCCCCCUUCAUGAUUUUAACUGACCCAUAACAAUAUUGAUUGUCAGCAGUAUAGGACUGUUGAACAGCUGGUGUGUCAGUACCCCCAAUGUCACUUCUGCAUAAAGCAUGUAUGUCACCUAUUUUUUCUUCAAUAAAGAGAUUCAACAGCCAUUUCAAGAAAUCCCAUUUAAAAAAAAAAAAACCACUUUCUCUAUGUCCCGUUUUUCGAUUUUCAAGAUAAUUUAACUCUUGUCUAAUAUUCAUGUGUAAGGGAUUAAUUUUCAGACCCCUUAAAAAAAAGAGUGCCAUAAAGAGUCAAUAUAUAGUGUAGAAGUGAUACUUCAGGCUAGGAAUGACCCCCUUCUCUUGGAAUGUGAAGAUCUGUCUAUUCAUCCUGUCGUCAAUACUGACAUACAGAACAAAGAAUGCACUAGUAUCAGUCACAUGUAGGUCAUGUGUAGGACGUGCUUAUCCAGUUUUUUCCCUUUUACCUGCAUAAUUGCUACAUGUUUCUCACUGUAAAAGGCUGCCGCUGGGUGGCAGAAGCUGAAAGACCUUAUUAACGAGGCUAUAUUUUUCUUACCUUGAUCUGCAAUCCAGAAUUAGACCACAAUGCACCUUCGGUUGUAUCCGUAUAGGAUGCCUGCCUGCCUUGUAGUAAUGUUUUAUAUAUUAAAAACAAAAUAAAGACAUCAACCAUUUCAUAUAUAUUCCACUACUAAAGGUAUCCAUGAAACAUGAAGACUAGUGUUUAUGCAGAAGCGAAACAGGAAAUCAUCCUUACAAACACGAUUUUACCUGCACACCCGUUUGCACGGUCACAUGUACACGCAAACAAGCAGGUAAAGUGAAAGAGCACACCCGACAUUGUUCCCGUUCUGGACGUGAUCCCAUCCCGAGAAUCCAUGUUUAUAACUUGCCGUGUGUUAAAUAUGCAAGCAUGAUCACAAAUGUCCCUUGUCAUUUCAAAAUGCACUUGUUCAUCACCAUCAAUGGAAUCUUACCAGUGGGUAGGGAAAGGGUCAUAUAAAAAUACGAAGAAAUAGCCAUAUUAAAUUUCUACCUGCCAUUUGCCUCAGCAAACAAAGCGAGCGUACGUUUCUAAGGCUAAAGAUAGAGCGAGCUCGUGUGCCAGCAGAAGCCUCCUCUAUUUAUAGCAGUUCUGACAAUAGUUUUUUUUUUUUUUUUUUUUUUACAAACUCAAGAAGAACAGAUUCACUUGAAAAGUGGAUGCCAGUCACCUGGUUCCCACCGCUGCCUUCAAAGCAGCAGCAGAUAGCAAAGGGAUACUCUAAGAUCUGUAAAGGUGAUUUAACGAGAAGCACAAUUUUUAUUGUGACCAGUCAUGUUCCAGAAACAGUCACUGUCUACCUUUGCCCUUGCCUUUUCUGUAACUUGGCCACCUACUGUAUUUGCAAAUCUAGUGUAGAUUUUGAUCACACGAACUUCUUUGGAUCCAGAAGUCUGGGGCAGAGCGCUGGGGGAUUAUAAUUUUGCAUUACCUGGCCGAGAGUAGCAUUUUAGCCAACAGUCAUCAUUGCAAGUAGGAGGGAGCGUAGGUGGCAUUUUACAUGGCUGCAAGUGUUGUCAUACCGGAUCCUACUUUAAAACAGUUUCGGUAGCAGUAAGCUGAGAAAUACUGGUGACGGUGUUGCAGCCUGUGCAAGCCACACAGCCCGUGUGGUGUACACAUCGCGCGCAAGCAAGCCAUUCAGUCUGUGGAUUGUGCACAUUGGCAUGUGGAGGCUGUUGAAUUCAACCUUUUUUAAAAUUGUGGUUUUUAGUAAAAAACGCUUAUUUUUUCCCGAAGGUGGAAUUUAAUGUUUUGUAAUGAUGAAUAUGAAAAUGCCUGUCAUCUUUAGAUCAUUUAAAGGUUAACUAAUGUGAGAAUUUCAAAACAAAUUUCAAUACACUUUUGAAAAGCAUGUCUGCCCUCUCACACUUCUAUGUAUUUGAUUUUGGAUACACUCACCCUUUUUGAGAUAGCAUUUUGCUCCCUUAAUCCCCCUUGUUUUGAUUUUUGAUUUUUGUUUUGUUUUGGGUUUCUUUUUUUUCCCCCUUCAGAGAGUAAAAGCUUUGUAUUUCUUUCUUUAAAAAAAUUGUUUAAAAGAAGCCACUUGAACCUCCAGUAAAGGCUGUUGCCUAAGCAGGGCAUACUUCGUCUGUUCUUGUCUGUGCCAUCUGCUAUGGUGUCGUCAGUUACAUGGCGUUAAUUUCCUGCCACUACAGAUCUUUUGAAGAUUGCUUAAAUGCUGGUGUCUGUUAGAAUCCUUCAGACUUACAGAUGUAAUUAAAGGCUUUUCUUACUAUGUUUUAACCAAAGAUGUGGAGCAAUCCAAGCCACAUUAUCUUCUGCAUUAAAUUUGUCCAUCUUGGUUAUUCAUAAUCGGGUAUUGCAUUUUGCCUUCCCUGUUCAUACCUCAAAUUGAUUGAUACCUCAAUUUAAUUCAGAGAGGUUGGCUAAGCGGUGGAUUCUGGCUGUGGUUUGAAUGCGUCAGUAUUAGAGUAUGCAGACAAGGGUCACCGUAGGCAUAGAGCUUGGAUUGCUUCAGAUGGUUUGCCGUACCGUUUUUUCUUCUUUUUCCUUUUCUGGGGACUUGUUUCCAUUCAAUGACAAUAAUUAAAAUAGCUUGUAAAUGAGGGCAUACAAGCAUUUGCAACAAGUAUUCCAAUAGAGGCUCACAGCGGCAUAAGCUGGACUUUGUCGCCACUGGAUGACAAGAUGGCAUACCUAAGCUAACCGCACGCGUGUAUCUCAAGGGACUUAAAUUCAGCUGUCUGUAGUGAAUUCAAGUGGGAAAUGUUCAAAAGUUUCUCCUGCUGGAAAUAAGGUAUAAUUUGUAUUUUGCAGACAAUUCAGUAAAGUUACUGGCUUUCUUAGUGA